AUGCCUGGCGCAAAGACGACCCUUCGGAUAGAGAGUCAAUCAACUUCUGUACUCGUCCUCUACUCCGGGAUCACGCCGACUGGACACAUAUGCAGUAACCACAGAAAGCACGUUGUCACCCACCACUACUGGACGGGGGCAAGUUCUGAACAGGCGGUGUUGUUGAGUGACGGUACCGCCGCACUGGAGACGGGGAUAUCGCGUGCCAUUGUCACGCAACUAGCGUAUGGACGGGUCCACACAACUGCACUAGGGAAUAUUGUGUACCACUCUUUAUCAUCACGCAUAAAUCCCCAGAUUGAUUGCUGGGUGGACAAUGUACCUCCUGCCUACUCGAAGUGUAAGUACAUAUAG